AUGCUACCUGAUAAAUUGUCAGUGGUUGUAAACAAAUGUAUAUCUCUGAUGCAGCACUUCCUUCCACUUUUAUAUAAUUAUGGCUGUGUGGGACAAAAUUCGAGGAUGGUUAUAUGGUUGGCUCGAAAAAAGAAAACUCGGCACAUCUCCUUCAGCACUACUCCUUUGGCGAAUUAUGGUGGAAAACACGUUUCCGAUGCGAACUAUGUAUAUCAGAUUGGUGAUCUUUGCAUGUCAGUUUUACUAAGUGCUAAGUGUCUCGUUCAAUUUGAUACGCUAUUUAUGUGUAUCAAAAUUAAUACUUCACACUGA